UGCAGUAAUCAACUUGUUUCAGACACAGGAAACAGGAGGUGGAAAAAAAAAAUAAGAAAAAUUAAAAAGUGAUGAUAUUAAUUAGGAUAGCUUUUUGCCUAUUUGGUGGCACUUUAGCUGCUGCAGUUCAGAAUUUAAAUCCGCAUCUCUUUAGCCCAACUGACAGGAUGAAACAGCAGAGACCACACCAACCCAGGUUUCAACAGCCACCAGCUGUUCACCAGGUGACUCAAGAGUCCAGAGAACCUUUGGCUUGGCGGUAUCCUGAACCACCUGCAGAGGAGGAGCCUCGAUACCCUCCAAAUUUUGAGCUGAAAAUUCCAGAGCCAGUCCAGAGCGUCAGUGCCGUUUGUGGGGAGAGCUCAGUUCGAGUGGAGGCAAAGAAGGAUCUGCUGGGGAUCGGUAAACCUGUUCAGGCUGCAGAUGUGACUCUGGGAGGAUGCGCUGCUACCGGAGAAGAUGCCAAAGCUCAAAUCCUGAUCUUCGAAUCUGAACUGCAUGGCUGUGGCAGUCAGUUACUGAUGCAUGAAGACACCAUCACCUAUGUGUUCACCCUACACUACACUCCCAGCCCACUGGGAGAUAGCCCCAUUGUUCGAGGGAGAGAGGUUUCUGUGAGCAUUGAAUGCCACUACCAAAGGAAGCAUGAUGUGAGCAGUGGGCUGCUUAAGCCAACCUGGACUCCGUUUAGUGGCAGUAAAAAUUCCGAGGAAAGUCUUUACUUCUCCCUAACGCUGAUGACUGAUGACUGGAGUUUCCCUCGUCCAGUUUCCCAAUUCAUCCUGGGAGACAUGAUGAAGUUUGAAGCCUCGGUCAAACAGUUUCAUCAUAUUCCUCUUAGGGUAGUCGUGGAUGUCUGUGUGGCAACCGUGGUCCCAAAUGUUGACACUGUUCCUCGAUACACAUUCCUGGGGAACAGUGGGUGUUUGUUCGACAGUCAGCUGACCGACUCUAGUUCACGUUUCCUUCCUCGCUCCCAGGAUGACAAAGUACAGUUUGAGGUGGAGGCCUUCAGGUUUGAUCAGGAUGACAGCGGAGUGCUCUACAUAACCUGCAGUCUGAGGGCCUUGCCAGCAGCUACACCGGUCAGUGCUACAAACAAGGAUUGCUCAUUUGCUGAUGGGUGGAGGGAGUCUAGUGGCAGCCAUCACGUCUGUUCCUGCUGCGAUAGAAAUUGUGGAAAAGUGGGUGGAAUCAGUCUGACUGGAAUGGGUACACCACUGGAAGAAGAAACAACCGUGGGACCAGUCGUAGUCAAGGAGAGACCUCUGAUAAGAAAAUCUAAAUAUCAAUAAAGACAGUUCAGAUUUGAAGUUUUGGUUUUCUUUGACUGCAAUAUGUAAAAGCUAUCCA